UUUGGUGGGAGAGGCUGGUAUAGAAGUGCUUGGAGCCAGUAUUGCUGGAGGAGCCAGGGAAGGCAGAGUUCUAGCUGGGAAGUGGGAGAGAGAAAGAGAGAGAGAGAAUGAAUGAAUGAGCUUUUGUAAAGAGAUGCUCACUCCCCAUUGAUCAAAUGCAAAACACACUGAUGGAGGGAUCACAGGAGGGAGGGAGUUGAACCAGUCUGGUGCUGGAGUGCGCUGUGUGGUCAAGGAACUGAUGAAAAGCAGGGCAUUAUUUUAGCUGGAUUGUGGCUUGAAUCAGUGAGUGUGACAGUGACAGAGAGAGGGAGAGGGAGGAGAGCUGGCUAUGCAUUUGUGAGAUGCUGGGAUGCAGCUUGCAGCAGGCAGAGUGAGCCCAGACAGUCAGUAACAGCUCCAGGACUGAACAGGACAGAUGCUCUGAUGCUGCAGAACAACGCCUUUGUCUUCAUCAGCAGCCAAGCUUCUCCACACUCCUCUCCAUCUUCCUUCAAUGCAUUGGGAUCUGCACAGGGGAGCAGUCUGCCCAAUGGUGCUUUUUAUCACCUGUUUCCUUUUCGCUUUAAAGAGUGCCACUGCAAUCACUGCCACAGUUGAUGGUGACAACAACAUUAUAGUAUCUUUACAGCCCUCUGACGUGACCAAUGGAUCCUCUCUCUACUACGUGAAGAUAACCCAGUCUGUUAAUCUGACUAAUUACAAGAUCCAAUUUAAAGAGUUCAACAGCACACUCCCUCCUCCUGUGGUCUUCCCUGCUGCUUACCAUGGAAUCUACUAUCUUGUCACCCUCCUGGUUGGAAACACUAUCUCAACCGUUAAGCCUGUGCAUUUAGUUGCUGUACUAACGAAACCACUCCCAGUCAGUAAUGUGGCUGUGUAUGACUACAAGCUAUUUCCAGAGACUGGAGUCCUAUUUGAGAUUCAAUACCCAAAAGAAACCACCAAUUUCUUUUCAAGAUUAAAAUUAAGCUACUUCAAAGGCGAGGAAUAUCAAUCAUCAUUCCAUAAGGAUUUUUUAAAAGGCAAAUUAAUUUUCAACAACUGGGUGCCUGGAACAUGCUACAGUAACAUUACAUUGCAGCUGGUGGCAGAGGCAAACGUCAAUAGAGUCCCAUUGAUGGAAUACAGCGCAGUUGGUCAUGAACCAAAGCAUCACAGAACAGUUCCCUACCCACCAGGCAAUGUCUCCAUGAAGAUCGUGUAUGGAAAAAGAAAUAACUCCUCUGUUGAAGUUCACGCUGGCCGUGAAGAAUCAUUUGUGGACACGAAUAGGACUGCUGACGAGACGACUACAAUUAACGUUCAGGUCAAUAAUCUCACAGCAAAGGAGUCGUUACAUUGGGGUGAUUAUAACACAACCGGGCAAGGUAAUGAUGAAAUGAUCAAUAUGAACUGGACUCCUGAGUUCCAGCAAGACAGCAGGGAAAUCUCAGCCAGUGGUAGUGAUUAUUUUGAUAUAAUUAAUGUGUCUGAAGAAGAUCAGCAAAGUAUUAUUUAUACCACCACUGAACCCGAGCUGUCUGAAACCAACGCUGAAGAGGUUUGGCUUGUGCUCGAGUGGCUGCCUCCAAAACCACCUACCGUUUACGACCAUUUCAACAUUUACGUUCAAAAGGAAGGGAAUUCCACCGAGAUUUUCACAGCAGAAAAUGGCAGCUAUGCUUUCAAAAUGGAACUUCAAGGCCCAGCGAAGUACGAGGCAUCUGUAACAACAGUCAGUUCCUCUGGGAUAUGUGGAACGAGAGAAAGUUCAUCCCGGAAAACCUUGACUUUCUACCUAAGUCCCACAGGGAAAUGGUUUGAAGAGAUCACCAAAAGGCCUGAGAACAUUGUUGUGAAAGUGUUAAACUCCACUGCUGCCAAAGUGUCCUGGAAACACUCACAAGAAACCAGCUAUGACAGUAUUGUGUCCGUGAUAUCUAUCUCCUGCCAAAAACAAUUUGGGGCCCAAAGAAUUGAAUCCCAUUAUUGUACUGAGGUAAAUCUCAGCAGUACAGUAAUUCCACACCUGAUACCUGGGGGCUAUUACCAGGUGAUAGUGUACCUGAGGAACGGUCCUGCCAUAGGUCCUCCGUCUCUUCCAGUUACCUUUGGCUUAGAUCCAUCAGGAGUGAAGGAUAUAUCACUAUAUCCUCUGGGACCCAGUGCAGCAAUAUUGAGCUGGAGCAGGCCCUAUUCUGUGGUCUUUGAUAAGUAUGUGGUGGAAAUGUACCAUCAUGACCCUGUGAAUCAGAAUUCAAAGUGGAAAACUAUUCAAGAUAUUCCAGCAACAAUUGCCUUAACAACCUCAAUGACUGUAGGUAACCUGUUACCAGCUGCCCGCUACGAGUUCCGUGUUACAAUGGUAUCAGGGGGAGAGCCUGAACACAGCUGCUGUGAUAACUCUUCUGCCAGCUACACGACAGCACCACUUGCCCCCGAGAUUACCAGGCUGGAGUACUCCAAGAACAUACUGUCUCUCAGCUGGAAGUAUGGUGAUACUGUGAUGGGAGAAUCCAAUUCAACUCUUCCAUACUGGCUUGUUGUAGCUGUUGGACGAAGAAUCAUUAAAAAAAGUGUGCCACGCAGUGUAAUGACAACUGUUCUACGACUACCUCCUGGAGAUAUCUAUAACCUUACUGUCGUAGCGUAUACGGAAGGGAGCAGUAAUACUUCAGCUCCACGUUUAGUCCAGCUUGAUCCAGCUCCUCCUAAGUCAUUGUUUGCUGUUAACAAGACACAGACGUCUGUGACUCUGCUUUGGGUGGAGGAAGGGAUCACUGAUCACUACGAGGUCAUUUGCAAACAGAUUGGAUCGAGCGUUAAAGGAAAGAAGGAAGAAGCCACCGUAUACUCGACCAUUGUUACGCUCGACAAUCUUGUGCCAUCGACUUCCUACAACUGUAGUGUGAUCAGCGUUAGUUAUGACAGUUACAGCCAACCAGUCUUCAUAGCUGUCUCAACUACAGUUACGGAAUUGAAUUCAAACAUGGUGGUGAUAUCUGCCCUUGCUAUCCUGAGUAUCCUGCUUAUCGGCCUUCUGUUGAUCACUCUCUUUGUACUGAGACGCAAACACCUACAACACACCAGGAACUGUGGAGCAGGAAUAUUUGUCAAUUUUGCCACUUUGGAGAGAGAUGGGAAGAUACCAUUUAAUUGGCGUAGAAGUAUUUUUGCUGUUCUUGCCCUGCUCCCAUCAUGCCUUUGGACUGACUAUCUUUUGGCCUUUGGUAUUAAUCCUUGGAAUAAAUACGCAUUGAAGAAGAGGAAAUUGACCAACCCUGUCCAGCUGGAUGACUUUGAAAUGUACCUGAAGGAUAUGGCCAGAGAUUCGGAUUACAAAUUUUCUCUUCAGUUUGAGGAUCUGAAACUUGUUGCUCAGGAUGUAUCCCAUGACACUGCUGAACUGCCAGUAAAUCGAUGUAAAAAUCGUUACACAAAUAUCCUGCCAUAUGACUUCAGUCGAGUCAAAUUGGUUUCUCUUCAUGAUGAGGAAGGCUCGGACUACAUCAAUGCUAACUACAUCCCUGGGUACAACUCUCCACAUGAGUACAUUGCAACGCAGGGGCCUCUGGCAGAGACGAGGAGGGAUUUCUGGAGAAUGGUUCUGCAGCAGAAAUCGCACAUCAUUGUAAUGCUGACCCAAUGUAAUGAGCGGCGCAGGGUAAAAUGUGACCAUUAUUGGCCUUUUAAUAAAGAGCCCGUCUGUUACGGAGACAUCACGGUUGAAAUGGUCUUUGAGUCAGAGCUGCCUGAUCAGUCAGAGGAUUCAGAGCAGUCAGAACAGCCAGAGUGGAUCAUCAGGGAAUUCAAUGUCAGCUACGCUGAUGCUGUUCAGAGAGUGAUUCACUACAAUUACAUGGCCUGGCCUGACCAUGGGGUUCCAAAUGCCGACACAGCAGAGAACAUCCUACAGUUUGUGCAGAUGAUCAGGCAGCAAACAGUGAAAAGGCCAGGAUCUAUAAUCGUGCACUGUAGUGCUGGUGUGGGCAGAACAGGAACUCUGAUAGCCCUCGACCGUCUCAUGCAGCACAUCCAUGAGCACGAGUAUGUAGAUAUUCUGGGCUUGGUCUCUGAAAUGCGCAUGUACAGGACAUCAAUGGUUCAGACAGAGGAGCAGUACAUUUUCAUCCAUCGGUGUGUGCAAUUGAUGUGGAAAAAGAAAAGACAACAGUAUAACAGCAGUGACGUGAUAUACGAGAAUGUCAGCCCAUCUCAGUUAUGAGGGUUGGAUGACACGAAACACAGCGGUUCAAAACCCUAGAGCACAUUUCUUUUCCCAUGCUUCAGGUAUCCAGGGCUUGGUUCUGACCAUGGAGGAAUAGCACUAGCAUCAGAAAAUGAAACAACAAUAUAUGUAGAAGGCAAAAGCAUUGGGACAAUGCCUUAAAAGUACCUGUAGUGUCUUUGGAACAUUUCUACCAAUAAGAGUUCAAUGUCGGACCAAAUACAUUUGGAUGGAUUCAAAUGAAACAAAUGACAUCUGAAAGAGGAAUAAAGAAUGAAAAAUCCAUACAGCAUUCCACAGUUUAUGUAUUCGACAGCAGUUUUAACAGCUAACAUUGUUUUACAACGAAACUUUAGUUAAAAGGUCUGUUUUACCGGAGAUUUGAUUUUCCAUGAACAGAUUGAAAAAAACUUCAAAGAAACAAACCAUUAAAAAGAACUGCCUGAAGAUUUGAUGAAAAGAUAACUACUUUUUUUAAAACAAGUUGUAUUUAUUGCAAUGAUAAAGUUAGCGUUGUUAGUUCAAUAAAAAAAAGUGAAUACCAGGGUUGGUCUGGCACUAAAAAUCCGAGAUGUAUUCAAUACAUGUGCCCUUCUUCUUAUUGCUGUUGUGUCAUGCAUUGAUGUGUCAGCGUUCGUGUAGUGUUUCAUAUUGCAGUUACGCUUUUUUUUAUAAAACGAUGGUGACGUUCAAAUUGCCCUUUUGACUACUUAAUUUUCUUGGGACUAAAUGGAAUGCAAACGUGUUUGAGAAGUAGGACUGUUGGCAAAUGUUCAGCUCUGACGAUUCUAAAAGGGAUGAGAAAAAAAAAACGGCAGUGUUCAACAGUAUUAAAAACAGGUUAAAAAGAAUGCACAUAAAAAGCUGGGACGGCAACAAAUUUUAAUAAGCAGUUUAUGAAUGCACCGGAGCCAUGGACCCAGGCACUAAUGUUGACAUGCCUUCUGUGACCAUCUAUUGAACAUCUCUCAAUUGAAUUACUGUGUUGUACAAAGAUUAUACACACACCAGUAGCGUCUUGAUUCUUCUAAUAAAACGCAUCCUCCACACACCACAGGGUAAGAUUCACCCAUAUGUGGGCUGAUGGGAAUUCCCACCAGUCCAUAUCCAGAUGAACCUGAUCGUUUCGUGCAUGGAAGUUGUGAUAAUGAAGUAGAAUGCUUUGCAAUCGCAGAGAAUUAGUCAGUGAAAAUUUGAGUUUGAUAUGGUAAUAUUUGUUAGUGUACAUGCCUGCAUUGUCCAAUGUUAUUGGAGGAACAGUUACAAGUGCCCUAUAAAGUUCUUCAGGGUAAAGUGUGGUUGGUUUUAAAUGCAGUCUCAGAAGAAGGUGCACCACUUGUUCAGCUGUUAGUCACUCGUAGACUUUUGUACCUUUAGUGCGAAACACAUUUGUACAUAAAAUCUUUGUACUAUAUGGUUUCUAAGUUAUUUUUGGUGGUUUGCUCAGUAGUGUAGAUUUUUCAGUUUUGGACAAGCUUACUGUACCAGUACAUUGAAUCAACAUGAUGAAAACAUUUCUCAAUGAAAAUAAAUGAUUACUUUGCA